AUUAUUGUAUAACUGUCUUUGUAGUCCGCUCGCCCUUUCAAUUGCUUUUCUUUGUAACCGUUCCGAAAGAUCCUCUUGUUUUACUUCGAAGAAUUUUGGUUUUUAAUAAUUAUAUCAUUUUAUUGCAAUAAUGGAAAUCGAACCUUCUGUUAAUAAUAAUUCAAAUAUGAUUGAUUCCACGUGCGACUCGUUCACAGACAUGUCUCUUGUCAAUAAUGUCAACUUUGAUAAUACACCAUUGGAAGAAGAAAAGAAAAAAACAAGAAAGAGACGCUACAAUGAGAGUGAGCUUGAAAAAAAACAGCUUGAAGAAAAAGAAUAUAAUCGUGAAAUGCAUGAGCAAAGAUACAAGCGAUUGAUGCAUUUGUUGAACAAGAGUCAAUUUUAUUCAAAGUUUUUGGUAACUAAAAUUGAAAAAAGAAAGAAUGUUAAGAAAAGAGGCAAGUCCACUAUUAAUAAUGAAAAUAUACCGCCAAGUAAGAAGACAAAGAGGGCUGAUUUAGAAAAAUAUGAUAUACAAGAAUAUAUAGCUCCUGAAAUCAAAAAACAGAUGCAGACUAAAAAGAAGAAAAAUAAUCUAAGUCAAGAAGACAUAGAAGCAGAAUUGUCUGCAGAUUCAGAUACUGAAACAAAACCAUCUAUUGUGCAAAACCCUGCUAUUUUACCAAAAUAUUUUCAUGGUGAAUUAUACAAUUAUCAGCAAGCAGGUUUAGAAUGGUUAAAAGUGCUUUAUGAAAACGCCUUAAAUGGAAUUUUAGCUGAUGAAAUGGGACUUGGGAAAACAAUACAAGUGAUAGCCUUGAUUUGUCAUCUUAUAGAGAAGAAACAAGCAGGACCUUAUUUGAUAAUUGCACCUCUUUCUACUAUACCGAAUUGGCUGAUGGAAUUUGAAAGAUUUGCUCCUGACAUACCAGUUGUGCUAUUUUAUGGUAACAAAGUUGAAAGAGAAGCUAUACGCAUAAAAAUUAAAAAUAGUUACCAUGUUGCAAAUGAUUACAAAACACAACCUGUUGUAAUUACUACUUAUGAAGUGCCAUUACAAGAAACUAGAUUUCUUCAGUCUUUAAAAUGGAGAUAUAUUAUAAUAGAUGAAGGACAAAGAAUCAAGAAUCAUUAUUGCAUGCUAGUCAAAAGCUUAAAAACGAUGCAAUCUAUGAACAGGCUAAUAUUGACUGGGACUCCACUUCAAAAUAAUUUAGCUGAAUUAUGGUCUCUUUUAAAUUUUUUAUUGCCUGAAAUUUUUGACGAUUUAGCUGUAUUUGAAUCAUGGUUUGAUAUUAAAGAACUUGAGGAAGAAGGCGCCGAGAAGUUUUUGAAACAAGAAGAAGAGAAACAUAUAUUAUCAUCAUUGCGUGAAAUUUUGAAACCAUUUAUGUUAAGACGAAUAAAAGCUGAAGUUAAUUUGAAGAUUCCUCCUAAGAAGGAGCUGGUAGUCUAUGCACCGCUUACAAAAUUGCAGCAUGAUCUUUACAAAGCAGUAUUAAAUUAUGAUUUAGAAACAUUGAGCAAAAUUGAAAAGCCAAAUCUAAUUAUAGAAAGCACAGAUGGUACAAAACCGAAAAGACAGGCUUUUUUGAGAAGUAAAUAUGGCUCUACCAAUAAUAAUUCCGAAAAUGAAAUAUCGCCGAAUACUUCGUUAAAUGAAAUCAAAAAUAGCAAUGAUGCAGAUGAGUGUAAAACAACCAAAUCCAAGGACGAACAAAAUUUAUCAAUAUGGAAACAGUAUACUGAUGUUACAGAACGUAACAGAGAUUUUCUUGUUCGUAUUCAAUUUCAAAAUAGAGUACCAAUGUAUAAGAAAAUUGUAAAUCAUCCAUAUUUGGUUCAUUGCCCGUUGGAUUCAGUUGGUUUACCGAAAAUCGAUAACGAUUUGAUUAGAUCUUCUGGCAAGCUUUUGGUGUUGGAUGCUAUGCUGGCGAAACUUCAUGCGCGGGGUCAUAAAGUUUUACUAUUUUCAACAAUGACUAUGAUUUUAGAUAUGAUAGAAGAUUAUCUUUCAUUACGAGAUUAUAAUUAUGUGAGAUUGGAUGGUAGGAUUAAAAUCGAAGAGAGAAAAGAAAAUAUUAAAACUUUUAACAACGAUCCGAAUGUGUUCCUAUUUCUUAUAUCUACUAGAGCUGGUGGAGUUGGAUUAAACUUGGCGAGCGCCGAUACUGUUAUUAUAUACGACAGCGAUUGGAAUCCACAAGCGGAUAUACAAGCUAUGGCACGAUGUCAUAGAAUAGGACAAACAAAACCAGUUGUUGUCUAUAGGCUGUGCACUAGAGGAACAGUUGAUGAAACGAUUAUCAAGCGUUCAGAAGCUAAACGUAUUUUAGAAAAAGUAGUUAUUUCAAAAGAAUGGCAUAAAACAAAUAUUUUUAAUAAAGAUGUUGUGUUACAACUGAAACAAUUAAUGGAAUCUAAAGAAUAUAAAGUUGUUACUUCUGAAAAUGAGGUGUUUACAGAAUUAGAGUUGAAUAAAUUGUUAGAUAGAAGUGAUAUGAUUGAUAAACAAGAUCUACAUAACAUUCAAGAAUAAAUCAAGAAUAUAAUUACGAAUGACAUGAAAAGUAAGCAAACUUUUAUCCCAUAAAAAGUUG